AAAAAAAUCAAAAUCAGAAUCAAAAUCUCAAUUGAUUUUUAGAUUAAUAAUAAUAUACUAAUAUCAAAACCUAAUAAACGAACGAAAAAACACAAAAAAAACAUGAAGUUAUUAGUGGCUUCAGACAAUACAGGCUCUCUUAAGGAGGUCAUAUGUAACAAGGGUACCGAUACCUCCCAAAAAGAUGCGAUUCAACCUUCUAUAAAAUCAUUUCACAAAUUGGGUUCGUCAAAAAAGAUCCAAAAAUUAGUCAAAAUCGACUCCAAACAUUUAAUUGUUGUUUCAAGACUUGGUGGCUCGAUAUGUUUUUAUGAUCUCACUUCUAUGGGCGAAUACCAACUAGAAACCUUUAAUAAUAAUGUUACAACAAACCCAACCAAUGAAUCUGACUCAAAAACCCAUGGAAAUAACUAUCAAUUAAUACAUCAAAUUGACGGUCUAAGCUCUGAUCCAAAGGACAAUUUUAUUUCUUUAAAUUAUGUCAAAAGCUUGGAUAUAAUAUAUACCUGCACACAAAACGGAAGAGUAUCUUUAAUCUCUCUAAAAGAUGAUAAAUAUUUGCAUUCUGAAUUUUCCUGUUCUACUAAACCCGUAUCUGCUUUCAUUCAUGAUCCAAAUAUCAUUGACAACUUUCAAUUUGUGUUUGGUGGAAAAGAAAAUGAUUUAACCAUCAUUAAAAUCGCAAAUUCAAUAAAUGAUUUUCUUAAUCUAUUCAAUAAUAAUCCUCAAUCCAAUCAAAUUAUUACAACCUUUAAAGCUAAAAAUGUUAAGCCAGACAGACUUCAUCUAAGAGUCCCUAUCUGGAUUACCAACAUCAUUUUUUUAAAUAAAAACUCAAACGAAAUCGUAACAACCACAAAAUAUGGUCAAUUGAGAUACUAUGACACUAAAAUUGGUAAAAAACCAAGAUACUCAGUUCAGUUGACCGAAAAACACUAUAAUCAAACUGUUGGCAUCAUCAAUGCAGUUCUAUCAUUCAACAAAAACAUCAACACUCAAGAAAUAAUCUGCUCUGAUGAUCAUGUAUCUGUCUCAAAAUACGAAAUCAAAUCAGGCAGAUUGGUCGGUAAAUAUCCAGGAAACACUGGUUUAUGCCAAACAAUCAACUCGUUUGAUGACAAAUAUCUAAUAACUGGGGGUUUAGAUACAUACUUGAGAGUAUUUGAAAUCGCCUCAAAGGAACAGCUCAUCAAAGUCUAUAUUGGAAGCAAUAUCAGCAACGCAAUAAUAGUUGAUCCUAAGGAUAAAAAUGUUGCAAAUGACAAAAAUCCUAAUCCUCUACUUUCAAAACCAGAAAUCAAAAAUGAAGACAACGACGAUGAUAUAUGGGACGAGCUAGACAACAAUGUUCGAAAAAGACACACAAUAAACAGCCCCUCCAAAGACCACUUUAGCCCAAGGCCUACAAAAAGAAUAAAAAAAUCGCUAGUUAGUACAUAGAGCUGUAGAAUUAAAUAUAACACAAUAAACUUUUUUUAUUAUGUUUGAG